AUGAAAACGAUUUUUGCAAAGAAAGUUAAGAAUAAGUUUGAGAGGAUGUUGAUUAGAGAGCUGAAGAAGCAUCCCGUAGCUUGUGUUGUCAAUGUAACUGAUGACUUUGACAGUUAUGGCAAGGGAGUGUAUGAUCCUCCUGAGUUUGGCCAGAAAUUUGAAAGACACGCUAUGCUGCUUGUGGCGAAUGGGAGAUACAAAGGAAAAAGAUUUUUCGAGUUUCAGGAUAGCAAUGGCACAGAAGAGAUUGGUCACAAAGGAUACGUCAGAAUCGCUGCCGGUAGAGGUUUGAUAGCCGAGUUUCUCAAGCUGGAACUUCCAGAAAAAAAAUGA